UGCCUUCCUAACCCUAAAAGCAAAUUUAAGGAAACUCCAUUCUGAUUUGCACAUUCUCUUCCUCUCUCUCUCUUGAAGUUGCAGAGAGUCUAUCUUUUCUCUGUUUACUCUCUCUCUCUCUCUCUCUCUCUCUCUCUCCCUGAAAUUAGGUUUCUAUUUGGUCAGAUCCAUUGUUUUUUGUUUUUUGCCUGCAGGUUUUUGCUUCAUCUUGAUGAGUUUCUAAAUGACUAUCAGAAUCUCGCUGAUCUUUAUUACCUAAUUGAAUGCGGUAGUCCACUUGGUAACCUUAAUAUUAUCAAGGUAGGAUUGAGAAGCCACUUGGGGUUUAGUUUGGAGGAAUAUUUUUGUGAUUCAUCAUUUCUGUUGCAAGGCCUCAGAAAGUGUAUAUACAGUUCCAGACUUUGGAGGCAUGCCUGUAUCAGGAAAUGAGGAGACUGCUAUUAAAUCACUUGGUGGGCAGUCUAGUCUUAAUAUUGCAGGUGUUCCUAUGAAGAAAAGGAGAUUCAUUUGGCCACCCAUACCUGAAGAAAAGCAAUCUUCAUUACCUUUGGAAAAUGAUUCUUUAGAGAAAGAACUUGGCAGCCCAUCUCAGGAGUCAGAAGUUGCAAAUGUUAGUGUUGAUGCUAGUUCUUCUGGCUUAUCUGAUUCAAACAAGAAUUUUGUACAUGACGAAAAUGAGAAAAGUUCUGACAAUAUUGUGUCAACAACUAUUAUUAACCAACCAAGAGUUAGAAUUGAAGAACUAAAUCUUACUCGGUCUGAUUCCUCGGUUAAGCUUGAUGAUGAUGAGAAGCUUAUGGCAGCAGAAAAAUCUGCUAACAUUAUGACUGGGGCUAAACCCCUUGAUGGUGUUCCAAUGAAGAAAAGGAGGUUCAUUCGUCCUCCUUCUCCUUCUACUGAAGAUCAACUUUCACUGCCUGUGGAAAAGGAUUCUAUAAAGAAAGAAAAGGGUAGCCAGUCUCAGGAGUCUGCUCCUGUUGCAGGAAAUUCACGCCUAUCUGAUCAAAACAAGAUGUUUUUGCCUGAGGAUAAUAAGAUAAUUCCUGACAAAAUUGUGCAGAACAAUAUUAUAAACUACUCAAGAGUUAAAAUUGAGGAACCAUUCCAAUCAAUUCAGUCUGAUUCACUGGCCAAACUUGACAAUGUGAAGAAGUUUUUGGCAGCAGAAAAAUCUACUAACAGCCGAGUUAAAUCAGCUGAAACUGAGUCAAAUUUAGCACUGAAUAAAGCCCCUGCAGUGGAUGUUGAUAAAGAGAUAUUUAACCAGCAAAUAGCAGAAGGAAAGAGUAAAAAAUCUACUGUUGCAGGGAAUUCUAAAUUGUCAUUAGGUUUGAAGGAAGGUUGUCUUUGUGGUUUGGAGAAUCAGAAUAAUGAUGGGAGCAUUGUGAAUCAAGAAAAUGUAGAAUCUAUUUCGUUGAAUUUGUCUUUAAGCAAUGGUGAAAGUACCCAGCUUAAUAUGGAUGAUGUGCAGUCAAAUACUAAUAGUGCUAAUAGUGCUAAUAUAUGUGCUGACAGAUCAAAUUGGGAUUUGAAUACUACUAUGGAUACAUGGGUAGCUUGUGAGAGUGAUGAAGCUGCUUGUCAAGUAACAGCUGAUGGGUCAAGCAUGAUUAGUGUGACAGAUGACAGAAAGCCUUUAGUAUCAACAGGGAUGGUCGGAACUAGUAUUGGUACUGAAAAGCAACUUCUUGAAGAGAGAGAGUUUAGAUCUAAUUUUCCUGGAAUAUCUUCACAAUCUGGUCAACAUUAUAAUUCUGAGGAUUCUCUUCAUCUGCGCCUCAGUUCAUCUUUUCUUUCUUUUAACUGCCAGGUAUCUUCUAGUUUAUCUGUUAACAAAGACCUUCACAAUGCUGUUCGUGAUAUUAGCUUCUCUAGAGUAUUGUUGCCAGGAGGCAACACAGUUGACGUAGCUAACUCCAGAACAAUAAAAUCUGAACCAUUUGAUGAGAGCCUCAAACAUGAUUCCAGCAGAACUAAAUCCUACUCAACAGUCCCGUUAGAUCUUAGAGCAGUAUCAGUGAAGCAUGAAUUAGUUGAUAAGUCUUCUCAAGAAGCCUCAGAGUUGUCAUAUUUGAGUGCUGUGAAAUCGGUUGAUUCUAAAGCUAUGAAAUCUGAACCAUUUCAUGAGGUUAAUCUGGAAGCAUUGAAGACCAUAGAUGAGACAUUGCGGCGACCUGAUAGACAGGUGCUACGAGAUCAGGAUCGAGGACAAUCUACUUGUUCAACUAGUGAACACAUUCGGCAAGGUCAGGACAUCAAAGUACAAUCUGCAUGUUCAACAAAUAAACCAUUGCUGCAAGGUCAGGAAACUGGAGAACAACCUACUUGUACAGCUGAUGAGCAGCUGCUGCUGCAAGGGAACAAUGCUAUUGCAACACCUGCUUGCUUAGUCGGUCUCUCUGUUGAUGGCAAAAUGUCUGACCAUGUAGGAUCCUGUGGGGUUGCUGGCGGUGUUAGCGAAGAGGCUUCUAAAGAAUCAUGUGAAACUGCUGGGCAGCUUGCUCCAGAAAUUGGGUCUUUUCCUGUCAAUCACAGUGGUAGUGAAAUGAAUAUUUGUGGAAUGGGUGGUGCAAUUGCUGAGGAAAAGAAUGUGGAUAAUUCUGACCAGUGCAAACUGAAAGUCACGAAUGAGCUUCGUCCUGAUACACACCGAAAUGGUGAGGGCACGGUAAGUGAUGAGGAAAAGAUUAAUUUGUCAGGUGAUAUGCUAGAAGAAGACUCUUAUGGCUCUGAAUACGAGUCUGAUGGCAAUUCUGUGCCUAUGGAUAUAGAAGAGGAUGGUCGAGGACAGGAUGACUAUGAGGAUGGUGAAGUCCGUGAACCGCAAUUGCAUGCUGCAGUAGAGGGUCCAUGUGGGAAAAAAGAAGACAUUACUCAUGGUGAAUCUGAUAAUGACAAGGCCGACUCUGCUGAACUACAAGCUGUUGUUCUUUCUACUUCAUUCCAUGUUGAGGGAAAGGACAGUAAUGGGAAAGAACCUGUUGAGCCAAAAAAAGAUACUGUUGGAGAAAGUAUUGACACAACUCUUGGUAAGAAAGUUGUCGACAGUGCAGAUAAAGAUACCUCUAGGGAAGAAUCAUCAGCGGUUGAGAACUUGGCCAGUGUUGCUGACAAAAGGAAGAUAGUCAAGACUAUUCGAAGAAAACAAGUUGAUUUAUCAGCAAAUAAAGAUGGCCCUAAGGGCUUGGGGACAGAACAGUCAUUUGAUCAAUCUACUAGUGGAGGCCAGGGAGCUUUAGAGGCUGUUGUUCAAGGAACUGAUGAGAAUGUUAAGACAAGUGAAGUAGUAAAAAAUGAGACUGCAUUAACAAAGGUGGAAACAUCUUUAAAUGGUGAUGAUGCAGCUAAGGAUGCCAACAAUGGAGGUAAUCAGAGUAGGAUUAUAAACCUGUCUUUAGCUUCUAAUGUAUCUUCUUUUGGUAAGACAAGAUCUAUAUCAGGUAAGCCAUUGUCAUCACGCCCUGGAAGAGAAAGAUUACCUGAUUUACCACUAGAGGGAGACAAACUACAUCCUCGAGGGAGGGAUGAAACAUACGAGGCUUCCCACAAGUUCUCAAGAGAAAGGUAUCAAGAUCACUCGUCUAGAAACUCUAGAUGGAAUUAUGGUAGAGGGAGGCUUGCUAGUAGAAUUGACUCACGUAAUGACAGAGAUUCUGAACGUGAUUGCCUUCCAAGACAUAAAUAUGCAUCUGCUGUUCCGGGAUCAGAUACUGAAUUCAUGAAUUAUAAUAUGGGACCAGAUGGUGCAUUUGGUACUGUUCAGAGAGGGAGAAAGCUAUUGGAUGAUGAGACACCAAUUUUGCGUCAUCUGUCGUCAAGAAGGCGCUCUCCUGCUGGGAGAGAUGGACAUCCCUCACGUGGACUGCAAAUGGUCCAUAGAGGUCCAAGAAAUAUUGGCGAAGAUGGUUCUGAAGUUGUUAGUCUAAGGCAUGCCGAAAAGAUGAUGAGGGGAUAUCCUGAUGAUAAUGAAGAGCAUGCUUACACUUGUCCUCAACCUCCAUAUGAGGGAUUAGAUAGUCGUUUUGUUCAAGGGACCAGGAACUUUUCUUCUGUCCCGAGAAGGGGUGUUCCUCAAAUGCAUUCAAAAUCUCCCAUCAGAUCUCGUUCUCCUGGUCCAUGGUCAUCAUCAAGGAGAAGAUCUCCUGACGGGUUUGGUGGGCCCCCAGAAUUGCCCCAUAGAAGAUCACCCAUUUACAGGAUUGAUAGGAUAAGGUCACCUGAUAACCCAGGUUUUCCUGCCGAAAGGAUGGGUAGGAGGCACAGUUCUCCAUCAUAUUUGUCCCGACCUAAUGAUUUGAGGGAAAUGGAUCCUGGUCGGGACCAUGGUCAUCCAAGAUCCAUCAUCUCUAACAGGAGCCCAACUGGCCGCGUUUUACUCAGAAACAGUAGGAGAUUUGGCAUUGUUGAUCCUAGAGAAAGAGCCGAAAGUGAUGAUUUUUUUGGAGGGGCCAUGCACUCUGGUCGGUUUCAUGAUCUUGGUGAUGGAAAUGGUGAGGAGAGAAGAAGGUUUGGUGAUAGACGGGCACCUGUUCGUUCAUUCAGGCCUCCUUUUAAUGGUGCUGAUGGUGAAAAUUUUCAUGUUAAUACAGAGGAUGGCCCUAGGUCCUUCAGAUAUUUCCCUGAAGAUGAUCCAGACUUCCAUGAAAGACCUAAUUUUAGAGAAAGAGAAUUUGAUAGGCGGAUUAAGAACCGACCUGGAAAUGUACCUAGAAGACCAAGAAGCAUUGAAGAACAAGAUGGAAAUUACAGGCCUGGAGGGCAGGUGUUGUAUGAAGACAGUUUUGAUGAUUUAUCAAGAGUGAAAAGAAAAAGAUUUUGAUAGAUUAAUUUACAUCUGCAAUAAACUAGAUCCAAGACUUUCCACUUUAUUGGAUAUGGGGAACUAGAAGGCAGAAAUAGUGCUGUUAGUUACAGCUGGAUAUAGGAAUAGGAAGUUGUUGUUCUGCUCUUGGUUUCGACCAAGUUGCAAUUGUGAUACAAGAUGCUAACUUGAUUUAAGAUCAGAUGCUUGCAAUCCUUGGAUGAUUAAUCUGUCAUGUACAUAACUUGGAUCUUCUCAUAAUCUUUCUGCCAGUUCCUUAUUUGCUAAUUCUGGAUGUUAGCUGCACUACUUCAAAGUUUCAUUUGAGGAAGUUUUGUACUGUCAUAAUUUUGGUGGCUCUAUAUUUUUAAGGGUCAUUUUGGUGAAACCAUUUUUCAUAUGUUCUAUGAAGAUCCUCAAGCUUCAAAGUAUCAUCAGUUUUGCAUGCUGAUUAUUGUGCAUAGGGGGCCAGGGCAGGUAUGCUGCAAAGAACUACUUGAACCUUGAACUAAUUUUCAAGCCAUAAUGGAGCUUUAUUACACUCAAGAAUUAGCUAAUUCUUUUAUUUGAUUCUUCAAAUUCCUCGUCACGUUGCACAAAUGUGGAUCCUUCAUGUAAUGUUACCUACUUUUUGAAGUCAGUCGAUACAGUUUCUGCAGAGGUGCUGAAGGUCUGAAGGUUUUAUAAAAGUGCUAUUUUUUUCUGUAUUGUGAUUUUGUGACAAAAGAAAUUUACAGGUAUAUAACUGCUUUUUAGCUCUAGAACAGCUAUAACUGUUUGGUUUUGAUGAUGGCUGUGGGCUGAGACAUAUGGGUGUGGGAUUUUCACAUAGUUCAAUGCUAUAUUAUGCAUCAAGUGCUCGAAGGGCUCAAGUUGUUUUGCCUAAUUUCAGUUUCACUGGUUUAGAUGUUGGCAAUUUUGCUUUAAAAAUGUCUCUGCACUUCAAGGAGAAAGAGGGAAUGUUCAUGUCUUGAAGUAGGCUUUCUUAGCUGUGAUAUUAUUCAUUUCCUCAUAGACUUAAACAUACUCAUUAGCUGUGUUGGUGGUUUCUGCAAUAUGUGGAGCUGACACAAAUUUGCCAAUUAUCGAGUCUUGUCUUGGCAUCUUCUGCGGAUUCCUAAAAGAUUUAAUUUCUUAGGUACUAUUCACAAAGGAUAACAGAUAUUGAAAAUAUUAACUUCUUUCUUCAUAUUAGUAUUUUUGAUACUUUGCAUUUGCGUACCUUGUUUAUCUUCUACUGGCUUCACUGGAAGGAAGAAAAUUGUGACCUUUGAAGCAUAAUACAUCAAACUAAAUGGGGAUUUUGAUAUGGAAAA